ACUGUUUACAUCCAUGAAUCGUGGAUUCGUGGCCAAGUAGAAGUUGAUAUUUUUAGUAAUUUUUGUUUUAAAUAUACAGUAUAUUAUAUACUGUACGAAAAUAAGCUAAUUGGCAAUUUUUUAAGUACAACAUGGAGUCAGCCAUACAAUCAACGCUGAACGAGUCGAAAAAAAUCGAGGAUCAGAUAUCUUCAAUUUUAACAGCGUUGGAAAUGGACGAAUUGAUUCAAGAGGCGAAUCUAUUGUCCUUGCCCACGCCUACAGAGAAUGAACAACUUGCAAAUUCUGUCCGCAAGUCUACGAUGACCGGCAGGAAGGGAAAAGUGGGCGCAAUGACGGCGUCACAACAGAAAAGGAAAUCGAUGGAAAUGGAUUCUUCAAAAAUGCCCAUGCCAGUACAAUCCAGCAUGUCGAAAGAUGGUCAAAGACGCCCAUUUUCCAAUUAUCAAGUGAUCGAGUCGUCAAUAUUCCUUGUUCCAGUCAUGGAUGAAUGGGUUUUCGGAAUGACGAUGGUUAAUGCGUCUGAAAUAGCUCAGAACGUGCCAGAAUUGGUGUUAAACCUCGCUCCACAGGAAAAGGACGCGGUGGACAAGCCCUGCAAGGUCUUUCAUUACACGGUGCAAAUUCAUCCAUUGGAUGUAAAAUUCGGAACGAUGGAAAGCAGGAAUGUUGGAGAUGGUAUCCCAUUCCAUGACACGUUCGUUUCAAACUUAACUAGUGAUCAGACUAUACAGAUCCAACCAGGGUGUCAAGUUCUUGCCACGGCAACUUUUCAACUGAAAGUUCUUGGUAGUACAAAUUCAUUGGAUCUUAUCGUUUCCGUGAUGUUAAAUGGGACGCACAUACGGUCUAAAAAGGUUCCCAUAUUGGCUGACAGUUUGGGAGAGUUGAAAUAUCAUGAAACCACAUUCCUUCUUCACCAGUCCAGCAUUUUAAUGGCAUUGGGAAAAUAUAAGGAAUCUUUCGAAAUGAAUCGUUUGUUGUCCCAAGGCGAUAAAAGUCCUCACAAGGCUGUUGAAAAGUUUCUGGGUACUUUAGGAUUUGAAAAGAUAUGUGACGAUUCUGUAGGUAUUGAUACCGUGGUGGACACAUUUUCAUUAGUCAGCAAUCAUCUUUCUCCAUUAUGGGGGAGCACAGUCAAACUCAAGAAAUGUUUCCGGAACAUCAAUACAAUUCAAUGUGUAUUUGCGGCAAGAUCAACUCUACAGUUCCACAUUUUUACACAACUUUUUCAAACCUGGCUGGAAAGAGAAGGACGACAAGAAAGAAACCAGGGCCUAACUGGACUCUGCGUUCGAGCAAUAGCAUCGCCGUCUGAUGACAAAAAUGUACUGAAGACUAUUCACAACGAAGUAGAUAUUAUUACAGAUCUCGUAGAUUUAAAACAUAAAUCUCUAGUACAACCUGAAAAGGAUUCUUCUUGGAUUAACGAGUUUAUUGUUUGUUUACGUUCGACGGAUGAUGUAUUCAUGAAUCAUUUGAGUGCUUUAUGAAUUAUGAUUAAAAUAAGUAAACAUAUUUUA